GUGGGGAGUGUGGCGGCGAAAUGGGGAACAAUGCAAGUGAGCAACUUCAGGAAGUCGUUGUGAAAGAAAGCUGGGAAGAGCUCCGCGGCCAAGUUAGCAGGGCACUCUAACAAGUGCCUGCGCGGCCCGCGCCCGGGGCGGCGACUGCAGCGACAGUGCCUGGGUCCCCGCGAAGCGCAGCCGAGCCCGGGCGGGACGCUUGGCCCCGGCGAGGCGGCCGACCCGGGCGAGCCCGGCAGGGCAGAGGGAGCCCCGGCUCCAAGGUUGCUCUUCGCGCCCGAGGAUCAAUCUUGGCCCCCAAAGUGCGACGCACAAAUCCACAUAACCUGAGGACAAUGGACGCUGAUGAGGGUCAAGACAUGUCCCAAGUUUCAGGGAAGGAAAGCCCUCCAGUAAGUGACACUCCAGAUGAUGGUGAUGAACCCAUGCCUGUCCCUGAAGACCUUUCCACCACGUCUGGAGGACAGCAGAACUCCAAGAGUGAGAGAGGAGUGGUUACAUAUGGGGCUGAUGGCUUUAGGGAUUUUCAUGCAAUAAUUCCCAAAUCUUUCUCUCCCAGUAAUGUUAAAGUAGAGACUCAGAGUGAUGAAGAGAAUGGGCGUGCCUGUGAAAUGAAUGGGGAAGAAUGUGCGGAGGAUUUACGAAUGAUUGAUGCCUCAGGAGAGAAAAUGAAUGGCUCCCACAGUGGCCAAGGCAACAAAACUUUGUCAGGAGCUGGAGGCAUUCGACUUCCUAACGGCAAACUAAAGUGUGAUGUCUGUGGGAUAAUUUGCAUCGGCCCCAAUGUGCUCAUGGUCCACAAAAGAAGCCACACUGGAGAACGGCCUUUCCAGUGCAAUCAGUGUGGGGCCUCCUUCACUCAGAAAGGCAACCUGCUCCGGCACAUCAAGUUACACUCCGGGGAGAAGCCCUUCAAGUGCCACCUCUGCAACUACGCAUGCCGCCGGAGGGAUGCCCUCACGGGCCACCUGAGGACGCACUCUGUUGGUAAACCUCACAAAUGUGGAUAUUGUGGCCGAAGCUAUAAACAGCGAAGCUCUUUAGAGGAACAUAAAGAGCGCUGCCACAACUACUUGCAGAGCAUGGGCCUUCCAGGCACGCUGUACCCAGUCAUUAAAGAAGAAGCUAAUCACAGUGAAAUGGCAGAAGACCUGUGCAAGAUAGGAUCAGAAAGAUCCCUCGUGCUGGACAGACUAGCAAGUAACGUCGCCAAACGUAAGAGCUCUAUGCCUCAGAAAUUUGUUGGGGACAAGUGCCUGUCGGACAUGCCCUAUGACAGCAGUGCCAGCUAUGAGAAGGAGAAUGAGAUGAUGCAGACCCAUGUGAUGGACCAAGCCAUCAAUAACGCCAUCAGCUACCUGGGGGCCGAGUCACUGCGCCCCCUGGUGCAGACACCCCCGGGCAGCUCCGAGGUAGGCCCAGUCAUCAGCCCUAUAUACCAGCUCCACAAGCCCCACCCUGAGGGCCCUGCGCGGUCCAACCACUCCGCCCAGGACAGCGCCGUGGAGAAUCUACUGCUGCUCUCCAAGGCCAAGUCAGUGUCCUCCGAGAGGGAGGCGUCCCCGAGCAACAGCUGCCAAGACUCCACAGACACCGAGAGCAAUACCGAGGAGCAGCGGGGUAGCCUCAUCUACCUGACCAACCACAUCAACCCCCAUGCCCGCAAUGGUCUGUCCAUCAAGGAGGAGCACCCUGCCUACGACGUGCUGAGGGCAGCCUCCGAGAGCUCCCAGGACGCCUUCCGGGUGAUCGGCACGAGCGGGGAGCAGAUGAAGGUGUACAAGUGCGAACACUGCAGGGUGCUCUUCCUGGACCACGUCAUGUACACCAUCCACAUGGGUUGCCACGGCUUCCGUGAUCCUUUUGAGUGCAACAUGUGCGGCUACCACAGCCAGGACAGGUACGAAUUCUCAUCCCACAUCACACGGGGGGAGCACCGCUUCCACAUGAGCUAAACCUCCUCUGCUGCGUGGACCCCACAACGAAGGGAGUACAGAGCCACUGCCUUCCCUUCUGGCAGCAGCACAGACUGGACAAGACCAUUGAGCUUUGAUUCCUGGUGGUGUUUUGUUUUGUUUUUCUAAGUUGGUUGGGAUUUGAUUUGCUUUUGAAAACAAAGAGAUUUUUAUUGUUAGAUACAGGGUUAGAAUUGGAGCCCCCAAACUGCUGUGUUGUUGGAUGUUCUCCUAGACUGCCGGCUGAAAGCCCCCACCUGUGGCUUCCUGGAAUUCCCCUCCUCCAAACAAUUGGUCGUUUUCAGAGAGAAUUUUAUAAAAACAGGCCAAAACCUGGGAAGGAAGGAGCUAGUUCCCAUGCUAAGCACAAGAAUCACAUGCUUGAUAUGGUUUCCAAGGCCCCAGAAGCAGUGGGUGCAGCCCCUGAAGUGUGGCUGUCCUGGUGAGCACUGCCGGUGAGCAGACCUGGGAAGUGCCCCAGCACAGCAGGCCCUGCAAAUUGUGCGUGCACCUAGGGCUGAAAGGCGGCAAUUGUCAAAAGAAGGGAUUGUCCUAAGUCAUAUUCUGCAGGAAAAUAAAUUAUCGGGGAGAAGUUGUGACUAUUGGGCUCCCUGGGCAAGGGGAAGGGGAAGGGAGAGCCUUUUAGAUUCAUUCUUGAUUUCCAUACUUCUACGAUGUUGCUCAGAGGACUGCUCCGCCUUCUGGGCUUGUUGUCAGGUGGAAUGAAUGCACCUCUGGAGACCAUUGGGCUCUGCUUUGUCAUCCCCGUGCCUUUAAUGGCCCCAUGAGUCUAUCACUACAUUUUUAACACCAGUCCUGAAAUCUGGACCAUGAUUUCUUUUGAACCUCUCAAACGGUAAAAUUCCUCAGAAACCAAAGCUUUAUUAACCAACUUCCACACUCAUUUCUUUGGAUACUUAUUCCUUCCCCGGCUGGUUCUACCUAUGACCAGAAGCCUGUUUUCCUACAGAAGACCCAUGCUAGACCUCAUUUGAACUAAGCACACAUUUUGUUUGUAGCUACAGGCCUGGAUAUCUUACUGUUGGUAAAUUUCUUUACCUGACAUCACUGUAUAUUAUUGUUGUUUUAAAACCUGUGAAAGAAGGAUUCAGAAUGACCACUAAUUUUCAGAUCAAGGAAAUAUGACAAGUGAAGCGCAGCAGACAUUGCUAACACACGGAACCUACCUGUUUGAAACUAAACUUUCAAGCAAUCUCAAACUCUCUCCCAUAAGGACAAAGCAGCUGUGUGCUCACACAUAAAUAGUUUGCAUGGCCCUACGCCCUUUCUCCCUAGGGGAUUGGAAGGUCAGGGCAGUCUUGUGCCUAGACCACGAGGUCUGACAGGAAAGAGGCCAGUGACACUGGAGGGGAGAGCCCUUCCCAUCCAUGCUAAGACGUGGAAUGCUCUCUGAGGCCCCACUGAGGUGUCUGGGGAUUCUAGUCCAAAUCAGGAAGGGUCUCCCUCAAGACUAACCCUGUCAUUAAGGACAUUCAUCUCAACCACCUAGAGAAGGAAGAGCAUACAAUUUCAAUUGUUUACAGUACUUGUCUUCACCAAAACUGUCCCACGGGGAACAUGAAGAAACAGAAGAACAACUGUACACCUCCAAAUUUAAUCUAAAUCCAGGGUUCUUAGUCUCAGUGCUGUUGACAUUUGGGGCUGGAUCAUUCUUUGUUGUGGGGGAUUCUCCUAUGUAUUGUAGGAUAUUUAGGAGGAUCCCUGCUCGCUACCCAACAAAUGCCAUUAGCACUCCCAAUUGACAACUAAAAAUUUCUCCAGAUGUUGCCAAAUGUCCCCUGGGGAGCAGAUCGCCCCCAGCUGAGAAUCACUGCUCUAAAUGAAUUCUAAGCCAAUCAGAUGUCUAGGAAGUCUUCCAAAGAUGAAAACACUGGAAGCAUUAUCCUAGUCAUCAGUCUGGAGCCUGACUCCUGUUCCUUUGGAGUCAUUAUAAAUUCUAUAAAUGAAUUAUCCCCCUUCAGUCUUCAGAAACAUACCUUCUCAUGUGCAUUUCAGUUUUGUUGAAAGGAUGGAGUCCACAAAGAUAUCAUUCUUGAGUCAUGGAUUUCUUUGCUUACAAAACGGUCUGUGAUUUUGGAACUGGAAAUAAACGAAAUGGUAAUAAUUUAGACUGUGGCACACUGAUGCACUGAAUAAAGGAACAGAUAGAGGAGCUGGUCUGUUGACAGCUGUAGUUCAGUAUGCAAUUACAGAGAAAGAUACACCUCAUCUGAAUGUACAUAUUCAAGGUGAAAGACUUCUUAGCGUUCCAGUUUGCUGGCCAAUUGCACCUGCUGUGUUGUUUUCCAUCCAUCCCACAGUCAACUGGUUGAAAGGAGUUAUUUCUCCCCAUGACUUCAAACAAAAUUUAACCCAGAAUUGUAAAUAGUGGCUGCAGGAAUUCUUUUCUAAAAUGCUUUCCCCUUCUUCUUACUGCCUUUUAUAGCAAAGAUAAUUGUCUAUUUACACACUUUUUGUUGUGGUUUUGUAUUGUAACACCAUUUUUCUUUGAGACUAUUGUAUUUAAAGGAAGUUUCAUAUAGUGUCAACAAGUAAUUAAAUUAUGUCUGAAAGCUGGCCAUAUUCUGCACCAAAAGCUGUUACUGUUUUUCUUCUACCUGGUAAAAGUAGGAUUUUGCAUGACCUCCCACCUUUUUGUUCUGUGGUUUGUUCUGUUGCUUGAUGGCGUGAGUGUGUGUCUUGGGAACCACUGUGUACUGAAGUGUCCCUAGGCUUCAUGUGCUCUCCAUGUGUUUAAAAUAAAGAUCAGAGAAAGGAGGGUCACUAGGAGCAGGUUGAUAUGUUGAUCACAAUGAGAAAUUGCUAUGUAGCGUUCCUGCCCCGCCCCUGUCGCCCAGCUUCCGUCUACUUGAAAAUUCUGGACACCUGCCCCUCACCCAGGUCCCUGCUGUAACAUGUACCUUAGAGCUCGGGCUGGUCCUCAUUGAAGAGUCACUAAAAAGAAUUGCAUUAUCAUUGCUUUAUCUCCAAAGGGUGUGUCCCAGUACCACUCGCUUCAGAUACCAGCAUGUUUCACUUCCAGUUUAGGAUCAACCAUGUAAUGGGAUCUUAGAAUCUUCGUUGAGAAAGAGAGCUACCUGUUAUGGAGAUGUCAGAUUGGGGUUUUUUUCUUCCUAUUUUUGUGCUUUUUCAUGUUUUGCUUUGAUUACUUUGUGACUCUUAUAGUGUCAUAUUCUUGCCAAAACAAAAGCAAGAUGAAAUGGACUUAUGUAGACAAGUCAUGAAGCAAAUGUAUUUCUCUAUCCUGCACUUCUUAAGUUCUGGCAAUAAUGAAGGUUCAACUCUACUUAAAAUCCAGAUAUCUCUCAUUCAGUUCAAUGCGGGUUUUUUUUUUACUUUAAAAUGAACCAAAAUCAGACUUAUUUAAGAUGUACAGGCAUCAGAAAAAAGAAGCACAUAUGCCGUUGGUGCGAUAGCAUUCACUGUGAACACGUGUAACCAGAUGUUAAUAUGCAAUAUUGUUUCCAAUACUUUCUAAUACACUUUUUUACAAUGUUGUGUGUGGUGAUUGUUAAGGUCCAAUUUAUUUGUAUCCAAUGCAGCUUUAGGUCUUUAACUGCUAUUCUGGCAAAUACAUGUUGUAAAUGAGAAAAUGCAGUUGUAUUUCCAGUCUGCCUCUAUGAUGAUGUUAAAUCAUUUCUGCUUAGCUGUGAACAAGGGGUAUACCCCUGGAGGAAUAGAGUCCUUUUGUACACAUUUUGAAAUGCUCCUUCUGUAGUGAUAGAACAAAUAAACGCACCAAAUCCUC